CGUAAACCAGUAUUGUAUCAAUAUAUAUAGAGGCAUGUUGGAGCUAUUGCACUACUCCUGAUUCAGAUUUCUACGUGUGCAAGUUGACUAAAAAAUGUGGAAUAUACAAAUUGUGAAGGUUCUUGGUGUUCUUUUGCUCCAUGUAGCUUUAGUGACACCAGGCACACAAGUGUGCUAUGACUCAAAUGAGAAUGCCUACUCUAUUAUCACAUGUGGAGCUCCUGGAAAGAAUGGCAAAAACGGGAUAAAUGGAGAAAGAGGGGAAAAGGGAGAAACAGGGCCAGCAGGACCACGGGGACUUCCAGGAUCACAGGGACCUGCAGGGCCAUCUGGAGCACCUGGACCAAGAGGAGAACAGGGGCCACCAGGAGCAAAAGGAGAGAGUGGAGACAGCGCAAAUUUAGCACUUGAAGAUCUUAAAAAGCGAAUCUUGGAUUUGGAAAGACAACUUCUAUCAUUAUUGGAACAACAGAAUAAAGGUUUACCAAAGGGACGAGCCAUAAGCGGUAAAAAAAUAUAUAUUUCAGAUGGUACUACAGCCACCUAUGAUGAAGCCAUAACCAUUUGUAAAAAAGCCGGAGGUCAGCUGGCCACACCGCAAAACUCAGCAGAGAAUAAUGCUAUUUUUACCAUCCGCAACCAAUUUAGCAUAUAUGCAGUCCUUGGUAUGAACGACAAACAGAAACAGGGAACUUUCCGAUAUCUCAAUGGCGCGGUCAUCUCCUAUCAGAACUGGGAUUCCGGAGAACCCAAUAAUUAUAGGGGAAUAAACGAGGACUGCGUAGAGAUGCGUGAGAGUGGAGGAUGGAAUGACUACCCUUGUGAAUCCCAAAAACUUGUCAUUUGUGAGUUCUAAAUCCUCAGAAAUUCCAUAGCCUUACCCACUGUGAUUAUGGAUCUGGUGAAACUCUCAGCUUCUGAAGUGACCAUGUUUACCUUAAUUCCCUACUCACCCCAACUCUCGUUAUUUCUUAUAUUCAUCUUCCCUUAACUUACCCUCUGAAGGAAGCCUUAUGUGAUAUCCAAUGUGGCCAGGUUGGAGAUUGCACAAAGCUUAGGACUCUCCUCUCUGUGAGGCUUUGUGACUGGUUGCAUAGGCACCCAAUGGGUGAAAAGGAUGCGAGUCCCAGGCUUACAAAUACCUGGAAUCUGGAAGUACCUGGAAGUAUUACUUUAUAUUAGUAAUAUUUUGUAAUACUAAACAUUUGCAAAAAUUAACUAACAAGAAAUAAAAGCAUUUCCAAAAACUUGCUCAUGAAAAUAUUAAACAAACAAAAACACAAUUAUGUUAGUUUGCAGAUCGGUGGGGUCCUGGUUCUCAAAUUUCCAUGCUUGUUCUACAUCAGAAGCUCAGAAAGUUCUGGAGCCAGACGCAGCCAGGCCAUGUACAGUAUUUUCGAAAGGAUAUCAGCAAUGGAUGUCUUUAUAUUUCUAUCUAUAUAUUUCUUAACAUCUUCCUUACAAGACUCAGAUCCUAGUUUCUUCAAAUAAUUACCAAACAUAAUCAGUUUUUAUAAAUGCGAGUAAUAAUUCUUUUGAUUUUCUAAAAAAUGUAUCUUUGAUUAUAUGAACAAAAAAUUAUAUUAAAAAAAAAAUCCUUCAUACUCAAA